AAAAAAAUUAUUUUUUAAAUAAUACCUGUUGUUAUUUUAAAUCGUCAUGGUCUAAUGCAUAAGACUCCCGGUGUAUUCGUGUCGAGCGAUACGUCUGGAUCAGUUCGAAUCCCGCAGGCAUGUACCAAUUUUUCUUAUGAUUUACGUACUUAACAAAUUUUCACAAUUGACUUCCACGGUGAAGAAAUAACAAUGUAAUAAAAAACAAACUCGCAAAAAUUUUAGUUUGUGUAAUUACUGGUGGUAGGGCGUCUUGUGGCUCGCACGGGUAGGUACCACUAUUGCCUACUUCUGCCAUAAAGCAGUAAUACGUUUGAAGGGACGGGCAACCAUUGUACUGUUAGACUUAGGACUCAUGUCUCAACAUGGGUGGCGGCCUUAACGUGGUUGGUGUCUACAGGCUCCGGACCACUUAACACCAAGUAGGCUGUCUUGCUCGUCUAGCAAUAUUAUUUUCUUUUUCUUUAAAGUUUAAUGAAAACUCUAAGAUGAAAUUGUAUGAAAAUAAUUAAAAUUAGAGCGAUAAACUAGAAGAGCGGAAGGUUUGAUGAAAGCAAAUUAAUUAUAAAAUUGUAUCAGUUAUUGUUUUCUGACAGAUUCUAUUAUAAGUAUUAAUAUAAAUACUACAAGAACCCAACAUAUCAUAAUGUCGUCUAUCUAAGACUAUCUAUAAUUUUAUCGGUGCUGCGAAUGCUACAACCGUAGAUAAUACAUAAACUAGUUAGCUACAGUAGGCAAAGGGGAUGGCCCAUUUUAGGCCCAAAGCGGACAAUAGAUUAUAGAAAAAAUAUUUAGUGCAUUAAUUUUGUCAUAAAUAAAUAUGCAUUUACUUUCUUGCAAAUAAGCGCCACGACAGUUUACAAUAAGUAGUUUAAAAAAAGUAACUCUAUUGAGAAAACAAGGAAUUUUAUUUUUGCGGGAAAAAUAUUGCCAGCUUCAAAACCUUUUACGUAUGAAGUAAAUAUUUUGAGUAUAUAAAUAAAACAUAUAAAUAAAUCAUUUUAAGUAUUAUCAUUAAUCAAUCGAUUUUAAUGGAUUUUAUGCACAUAAAAUAACAUCGAAGACAUACCCAUUGGACUUUAUCUUGUCUAUUCUUGAGACCUUAGAACUUAUAUCUCAAGGUGGGUGGCGCAUUUACGUUGUAGAUGUAUGUGGGCUCGAGUAACCACUUAGCAACACCAGGGUGGCUGUGAGCUCGUCCACCCAUCUAAGCAAUAAAAAAAACUUUACUAGUAUUGUUAUUUAAAUAUGUACAACUAAAACAAAAACAUAAAAAAUAAUGUGUACUCGUAAAAAAAAGACUAAGAUAUAAAUCAAUUAUCGGUUAUUUAAAAAAAUAAUCGAUAUAUGAAUUUCAUGUAAUUAUUUUUCUUUAUACUGACAACACCGAAUUUAAUCUGACUGACUGACACUUCAAGUGUAUAAUCUAUGGACACUUCGCUUGCUGCUUGUGGUGUUGUGCUUGCGUACAAAAUGGAUGUGUUUUGAUUUUUCUUCGAUUUAUUUUACUUUUAUCAAUAACGUUUCAUACUACGACUAAAAAACAUUGUGUGAAUUGUGGUUUUACCCUGACCGAGAUUUAAAACCGUGUAUAUGCUCUCCUUUGCUAUUUUUAGAUGAUACUAAUUGUGUAUGAAGAUGAAGAAAAUAUAGAUAUUUAAAGAAUUAAGUGUGUUUUUAUACCCUAUUGGAUAAAAAUACAUUAGGAACAUCUUAAACAUUAAGAAAAGAAAAGUUGUUGAAGUAUCUCACAAUCCGACACUUAUUUAUAUAGAAAAUUAACCUCAAAAGGAGUUUUUAUUUUUAUUAUAUUUUUUAUAAUAGUGGCGUCAAUUUCAAUAUAUUUUUUAGAUAUCCAAUACAUUUAAGAAUUCGAAUCAGUACAUUUUUAUAGUAAUAUUUGAUGUCCAUCUUGGGCCUAGCACACUAUGGAGAGUGGGCAAUCCCCUUUAAGGAUACCACAAUACAUACAUACAUUUUCGAACGCAAGAUUUAUUGUUGCCAAUUUGUUUUAGUUUCAUUUUCCAGUUUUUCCAGUGACGACAGAGUCGCAACAAAGUAAAUAUGUUUCGCACGUACAUUCAGUAUAUUUGGAUUCAAUUGAUUAAAGUAUAGAAUAGGACAUUUAAACAUAAAGUUAAUUUAUAUAAAUAUUUAAUAUCUACCACACCACUAAAAUAACAACUAUUAUAUAAUAGUAUACUUAUUAUUAAAUCAACUACUACCAUUAUGGUCACUCUAAUACUUAUCUACAUAUAAAAUACAUAAACUUAAUAAACCUACAUAUAUUUUCAGUUAGCAUUUAAUGUGGUAAAAUAAAUUCCGAUUUAUUAAAACUAGAGCCGGCAACCCUGAACUCAUGUGUACUGUCAAAAUAUCAAACUUGUCAAAGUUAAUGUACAGUGAAAAGUAAAAGGUGAUGGGUGUGUUUUGUGUUGCUUUCUUUUAGUUUUUUUUAAUUUAGUCAAGAAUUUAAAAUUUAAAAUGUUUAUCAAUAAGACACCCUUUUGUACCAUGUUUUAAUAAUUUUACUUCUCCUCCCUUUAAACUUCGUUAAUUCACUGCGUCAAUUGAAAUCAUUGUUCGUAUUUGUCUUUGGUAAUUUCGUAACAAACAUAAACAAAUUUUAAUGAAAUUAUUAAUUCAGUGUUAUGUUACUAUCAUAAAUUUUAACUCCAAGUAAAUCUUCGUAACCCAUCAUUAUAUUAACUAAAACCAACAAAGAUGUGUGCGAUUCCAAACAUGAAAUAUGGAUUUAUUUUCUGAACUGAGAUUUGGUAACUGGAAGUCGCGAUGUCGACUCCGGGCCCGAAGGUCGGGAUGCGUCUUAGUGAAGCACUCGACAACAUGCAGCUCGCUUACAAUCCAAUAACGAAACAACUGCAUUUCGUUUCAAAAAAAAAACCAAUUGAAAACCUCGACACUGUUGACGACAUUGAUAAAUUAUCAAAAAAGAGCAGUUUCAGUGAUGAAGGUAAUUUCUCGAUAUCUACCUGUGAGAAAAGCGAUACAAGUGAUUCCCCAAAAAGUACAUUGCAAUGGGGUGGGAGUGUAAAUGGACAUCAUCGAGGAAAGGAUGGUGGUUCAUUCUCUAGUACAGUGUCCAGUUUGUCGGAGUGCUCCCUUGGAUCCUCAGCGUCGAAAGAAGAUGAUUCAGUUGACGUCAAUGUCGACCAUGAGCAAGCCAAGCUAAAGAAGAAGGGGCUUUCUGGAUUUUUCAGCAGAGGAGUGUUUCCGUGGAAGAGCAACAGUUCAUCUAAAAGCCACGACUCCUCGUCCUCUGGUGUAUCCUGGAAGCUAUUCGGAAGCAAGUCCAGUGGCAAUGUCAGUUCUAAAACAUUGACCACCGAAAACCCGAAAUCGUUGACGCCUGUAUCUUCAGCUUCGAAUACUCCUCAUCAUCACAAGAGGCAGGGCAGUUCAGCCAGCGAGAAACAGUUUGAAGAUUUAGUCGCUAGCUCCAUAGCCUUGAUUCAGCACGAUAGACCAUCAAAUCUACCAGCGAAAUGUACGGAAGAGGCGAUGAGGCACAAGGCGGAGCACGCUCGCAUGGUCGAAGCGGCUCGGAGACGCGUGGAACGUGAGGCGGCGGCGAGGCAUGCGAGGCUCCAGGAGUCGCUGCGGCUGGAGGAGCGCCUCGCCAGACACGCGAAGGAGUGGAUCCAGAACAUAUUACCCGAUUGGACUAACAUGAGAAACGCAAAGAGAACUCACGAACUCUGGUGGAGCGGUCUGCCGCCAUCGAUACGCGGCAAAGUCUGGCAGCUCGCUAUCGAGAACAAACUGAACGUCACCUCGGAGACGUACCAGGAGUGCGUCGCUAAAGCCAAACAGAGGCUGCACGAGUCGCAAAUGAGGAGGAAACGGUUAAAAGUCAACAAACGUGAAUGUUGCUGUAACAAAGAGCAGGACAAGAACUACGAGGCAAUAGAUAAGAUGAAGAGCGACGAUCAACAUCGGAAAUUCGACGAGAUGCUGUCGAAGACGGACGCGAAGAUCGAUAAACUGAAGACGGAUGACGAGAAACAUCGACUUGGCAUCCCGAGGAACUUCAGCGAGCAGAAUUUGAAAUCGCACGUUCCCGAUGCCGAGCCGAAGAAGUGCUGCUCGAAAUCGGACCCUAAUCUCUUGGACUACAACGACGAAUGUUCAAUGGAGUUGAUCCAGCUCGACAUAGCGCGGACGUUUCCCCACCUGUGCAUAUUCCAGCCCGGGGGCCCGUACUUCGACGUGCUGCACGAGCUGCUGGCCGCCUACGUGUGCUAUAGACCCGAUAUCGGCUACGUGCAAGGCAUGUCGUUCAUCGCGGCCGUUCUGAUCCUGAACAUGGAAGCGCCCCAGGCGUUCGUGUGUUUCGCGAACUUGCUGCACGGCGGCGUGCUGCGGGCCGCCUUCACCAGGGACGGAGCUACCAUGCAGCGCCUAUGGAAGGCCUACACGACGCUGCUGCGGCACAAUCUGCCGGGGCUCGCGGACGCGGUGGCGCCCGAGCUGUACCUGGUGGAGUGGCUGUACACGGCCUUCGCCAAGGCGAUGCCGCUGGACGCCGCCUGCCGGGUUUGGGACGUCUUCCUGAGGGACGGAGACGAAUUCCUCUUCAACACUGCUCUAGGCAUUCUUCAUUUGUACCAAGACGAGCUGAAGAACAUGGACUUUAUAUCGGCGGCGCAGUUCCUCACCAAGCUACCCGAGGACCUGGACCCCGAGGCGCUGUUCAAGAGCAUAUCGUCGGUGUCGAUGACCCUGGAUGGCAUGAGCUUCGAGGAGCUGGUCUCGUGCUGCGAGGUGGACUCGAGCCUGGACGAUGACGUCACGGUCAAGUUAUGAUAUCCGAGGAAGUGGAGUGAGUACGGCUUCCGGCACAUCGUGGACGCCCUGUCGUUCCGGGUCGGCCUGUGUAGUCCCGCGGACAAGUAAGUCUGAAUAGAUAACCCAAUCUCGUCCCACCCCCAACGGCAUAAAGUCGGAUUUACGUUACUUCAUAGUUUUCUUUCAACCAUUUACAACUAUUAAUCGAAAUUCGACCAUAAUCACAGACACCUCAAAGUUCAUAUUCAUUUAAUGUAUGUAUAACAAACACGUUAUAAUAACGUUAAGGCUCUAUUCGAAAUGUUGUAAUGUACAUCCGAGUUCACGCCAUUGUAUGUCUCUUCCUCAUAUAAUAAUUCGCCAUUGAAAUUCAAAAUUUAGAUAGGACUCGAAUUAAUAAAUUGUAUUCAUGUUUUUUAGUAAUAUUGUCGAUUGUCUUGCGUGUAAUAAAAUACUAUAGUUUGGCGGCCAUUUUGUGAUUCGUGCGUAAAUCAAAAUGGCGGCCAGACAGUACGAUCUUGAAUUUUGACGUGUUGUAAAUAAUAUUAUAGAUAUAUAAUUAUAAUAAAAUAAAAAUUUAACUAAGACUUUCACGUUCCGAAUUUAUUUAGAUUUGAAUUACAAAAACUAUUAAUGUAAAUAUUUAUUAUUUGAUAAGAGAAUCACUGUUAAAAUUUCACAUGUCUAGUAAGUGGGUACAUAUCAUACAUUUAUUUAUAUUGUUAUUGAGUUAACAAAUACAUUUAGAUGCAGAAAGGUGUUUCGAAAAUCAAAACUCAGUAAAAAAGUUGCCAUAUUGAAUAAAUAAUUUGUUCAACUUAAAGGCAUAAUCGCGAUGCGCCCCUUUUAGUUUAUUGUAAAAACAAUAUCGUUGUAUAAUAGAAGUAAUUUAAUUCAUUAAAUAUUCUAGUAUCAACAGUUUUUUGUUCUUAUGACUAAUAAAAUUAUCAUCAAUAAUAAAUAUUUAUUUACUGUUUAUUAAACUACACAAUUUAUUGUUUUUCUUUUGUGCGAUCCUUUUAUGAAUAGCUAUAUAAAAAUUUAAGAUAUAAAAUUAUAAUGAAACACAUUAAUUAUUUAAAAGAUAUUGAAUAUGGCAGUAUCCUAUAAAAAAAAUUAUGUCGUAAAAGAGUUUUUUUAGAAUCGUAUUAAGCGGAUGGAUCUUAAAAUGAAUCUAUUCGACCGUGUACCUGUUUGUGUGUUAAUAUAAAGAUAUUAUAAGAUUAAUAAAUAAUAUAAAUAAUAAUUAUGUCAUCUUGUCUUUGUGGUAAUUAUUUAUCUAUUUUUUGUAUGUUACUUUAUUGUGUGAUGCAGAUGUUAUAAAACACUUACGGAUUAAUCUCUCUGUUGUUAUUUGACUUAUCGACGUGCCGACAAAUCGUGUUUUCGCAUUAAAAGUGUACAAUUUCCAAAAAUAUUCGAAAUUGAGUUAAUAUGCGGAAUCAUUUGGUAUCACCAGUAUUUUUCUCAUAAAUACUGUCAAAAGAGCGUAGUUUACUUUUAGUUUUUUUUUUAGUUUCCUAUGUUUUGACUACUAUUAACAAAAUUAAUACAUAAUUUUAUCUUACUUUAAAAGACAGAUACUGUAGCUGGUAAAAAAUAACAAAAAAAAUGUUGCAAAGAUGAUUAAUAUUAAAAAUAUCACAUGUUAAACCUUUAAAACAUUCUCCUGUAAAAUAAGUAAGUUUUGAUAUUAUACAGUUUUAAUGCGAGAAGACGAAAUGUCAGAUGUCAAAAUAAUAAGAUAGGCUUAAAAAAAAUUUUUUUCGUUCAGUAAAUUAUAUUACUUUACUACAGUUUUCGUGGAUACGGACGACCAUAAUGUAAUAUAAUGACAAUAAAAAACGCGAGAUUAAACCGUAAAAGUAGUUUUAACUCCAUUGAGUACAGUGUAGGUCACCGGUGUCCUACGCGGCGCUCUGAAGUCAGUAUGUCGAUUUCUGUUACUAAGGCGCCGAAAUAUCUAGUAGAGUCUGGGAUAUUUUUUUUUUUUUUAUUAUGCACAUAAUACACAUUACAAGCUAAAAAGAUACACAAAAAAUAACAACAAGUAAAAAAAAACAAAAACUGGCUUGUAACAUAAGCCAUGCGCGCACGACUAAAGAAGACAAAGUACUGAAUUUGUACACAAUGUUCCUUACAACUAUACGACAAAACAACACGAUAACUAAAACCAAUCUAACUUAUAAUGUAAGGAAAUAAUUUCACUCAAGAAUAUCCGAAGAUACUGAGAAUGAAUCUAUUUCUAAGAGACCUAAAAUAUUACAUUUCCUUAACAAUAACUUAACGGUAGGCAGCGGCUUUGGCAAUCCAAGCGCCUUAGUAACAAAAAUCAACAUAAUUACUUCAGUGCGCCGUGUAGGUCACCGGUGACCUAUACCUGGCAAUCAAAGGGUUAAUUGUGUGUACGAGUUGCGAAAUCCGAAGAACAAUAAGUGUGAACUAAUUAAGUAAUAUUAUGAAAAAUUAAUUGAAUGGCACUUUAUUAAUUAUAUAAAUUUUCAAUAGACCCAGAUUGAGAUAUUCUUAACAAAAUGUUUAUUGGGUUUUAUUAAAUGAUUUGCCAGCAACCGCCAGUACGGUUUGUCUUCGUUUUACGGAACCAUCAUAUAAAUAUAUACACAUAAAGUACAUAUUAAAGAUAUAUUAUAUUAUUAUGUAGUAAGUUAAUAUUUAAGGAAACCAACAACGAGUAGUAAACCGGCCUAAUAGAUAAUUUGUAUCAUUGAACUAUUUGUAAAUAUAUACAUAUAUAGUUCGCUAGAGAUAUAUUAUUAUAAAUAAUUAGAUAUAAUGCGGUAUAUUAUUAUGCGUUAAUAUAUUUUGUACUAUGUAAAAAAAAUAUGUGUGUACAUCAUUAUACGCUAUAUAAGGGACGCUACAUCAAAAUCUCCAGCAAAUAAAUAAAUUCUGAUAUUCAGUUAAUGAGGUUGGCUAAACACGCCAGUGUCUUUAAUAGUAUUUGAUUUGAUUCUAAAAAUAUAUAUAUAUUUUUUAAAUCGAGUACAGUACAUAGGCCUUAAGCGUAAUUCAAUCGUCAUGACUUCACCACAGACUCGGGCCGCGUUUCUAGAAGAUUCUAGAAGGUCCGGCCUGGCUCUUUUCGAACGAGAUGUACAACAUACAAAAUAUUACUAGAAUAUUACAAAUUGUAUUUUCAAGUCACUUAGUGUUUUGUGAAAGACAGUUAUUGUCUCGUUUCGUAUGUUCCCACAGAGCCAGAUACUCCUAGUAUUGAUCCUUCGAGUAUAAUUAUACUAUACUAGGUAUAUCUAUAUAGUAUACCUAUUAUUUAUAUUAGUAUUUAUACGUACGUAUCUGAGAUUCGUCAGUUCGUGUACUCAUUGAAUAAUAUAUUUAUUUACGCGACUGCUGAAAAAGGGUUAUUUUUUUUCGAGCGUAUGUAUGUAAGUAGUGUAAUUCGUUGGUACCAUAGAACGUGAACCUUUUGACGGAUUUCAACAUAUGAGUCGUCAUUUUUACGUCCUGACGGGUAGAUGAGCUCACGGGCUCAACCUGAGAGAAUUUGCUAACACGAACCCUAGCAAGAGUAGUGCUUCGCUGAAUCUACCAUCGGAUCGGAAACGCGACCCACUGAGAAGAUCCGGCGAGAAACUCCAAUGGGUUGUGUCUGUGGCUUAGUUCUAACGGCGAACUCUUCGUCACAAUCGACGAGUUUGACCAGUGUGCUUAGUGCGAGUUUUUUAACGUUCUCUAUAGCGUAAAAGUUAGCUCAUAUUUGUAUGGAAUGCGAUCGUUUGCGUACGUUUGCCGUUAGGGGCGCUGUUCCAACUGCAUACUAAAUUGGGUUAACUGUUACGCUAUCGAUAACGUUAAAAAACUCGCACCUAAGCACACAGGACGGUGACCAGACGUUUGCACUCGAAUCUUUUUAAAUAACAUAUAAAAUACAAAUAUUCGUUUUUUACGGCGAUAGUUCUUUAUCGAAGUAUUGUUUAAUUAAUUAAUCAUGAAAUAUUAAAUUUAUAUAAAUUUUAGUUAUUUUGAUACCGCCCAACGAGAUAAGUAUGUUUAUACGGAGGAAAAAUUUGCAGAAUUUUAAACAAAUUAGUUCUCAGCGCUAAAGGCAAUUGCAGAUAUCAAAGAUUGAAUUUUCAAAUAACAUGUUGGUCUAACACAUUAGAUUAUGUCAAUGCGACCAUUUUUAGCUUAAAAUUUCAUUAACGUAACUUUAAAACUCGAGAUCACAGAAAAAUACAAAAUUUUAUUUAUUUAUUAGAUCAUUUCUAGAUUUAAACUUUUAUUACGGAUGUUAAAUGAUAAAAUGUGUGACUUAAUGUUACGCCGAUUCUAUUUGGUGCGAAAAAGGGACAGAGAUACAUGUUUAUUUUCACGGUACUUUUUAUUCUAAAACUAUAUAAAAUAUAAACUAUAGCGUAUAGCGCCAUUUUGGUAUAGAAUUGAUAUUAAACGAAGAAUAUUUUGAAUAUUAUUUUUCCAUAAGUUAACCUUUAAUGACGGCUUCGAUAAUUAGGUCGUAUGUGAAAUAAGUUUGAGACUAUAUAAAUACAAGGGACUGUAUCAUCUAGCUCGAGAAAGAGAUAGCGCUAGCUCGCUCACAAAUACAACCGUUAAAUUAUAAUAAGCUAUGAGGAGGGACGAGCAAAGUAUUAUCGCUGUCUCGCUCAAGUUCUCGAUAGAUGUAAAUUAUCACCCCGAAUUCAAACGAGUGGCUUCAUAUUUUGUUAUUUUAUAAGGUAGGUAAACAAAUCAGAAAAGCAUGGAAAAUAAAUUUAAUUAAAUAAAUCAUUUGAAUCGUUCAAAGAAUAGUGAAAUUUAACUGCGACAUUUUAAAAUUUAAAUUCGUUUGAAGUACGUAAUAAUUAUAAAAACAAACGUGAUUCGGACUGAUAUUAUUAAUGUUAAAAUGCCAUUUAAAAUAAGUCUAGUUUUAGGUUAUUUGUAAAUAUAAAAAAUACAAUGUUUAAUUAAAACGAAAUCAUGCCCCAAUCAAUCAUUUUGUAACAUAAUAAAAAUAAAUAUUGCGAGAAAA